GAAAAUUGCUCAUAUAUUGAUUCGAUACCAAGGAAGAGACCCAAAUCGGAGACCAGAACGGAACCCUAAAUCUUCUCCGAUGGCAUUACCGGAGCCACCACAAAGCUUCUUCCCUUCCAAAGAUGAGUUCUUGAGACUCCUCACCGUUUUGCUUGUGGCUUGUGCGGUGGCUUUCACCUGCAAUUUCCUCGCAAAGUCUAUGAGCUCAAACCCUACUAUACCUUUCUGUGAUAGUAAUUUUGAUUCCAUCGAUUCAGACUUGGAUUUGUGUGAACCUUGUCCAAUGAAUGGAGAAUGUUACCAAGGGAAGUUGAAAUGUAAUCAUGGAUACAGAAAGCAAGCAAAUUUAUGUGUUGAAGAUGGAGAAAUCAAUGAAUUGACCAAGAAAUUGGUUGGGUAUUUUGAGAGAAAAGUUUGUGAGGAAUAUGCUGAUAGUGAAUGCUAUGGUACUGGAAGAAUAUGGGUUCCGGAGAAUGAUGUUUGGGAAGAUCUACGUAGCAACGGUUUCUUGAAUACAUUAGACGAGUCUGCUUACAUUUUUGUAAAAGGAAAGGCUGUAGAAGCUGUCACCGAGCUACUACAGAAAAGGACUAAUUUUAAUGGGAUUAAUGAGUUGAAGUGUCCUGAAUCGGUAGUCAAAAGUUACAAACCAAUGACUUGCCGCAUGCAUCAAUGGCUCUUGAGAAACAUCUUAAUCAUCUCAUCCUCCUUUGCAAUGCUAGUGUGCUGCGCAAUAUUGCGUAGGAAAAUUCGAAGUAAGCGACAAUUUUCACGUAGAGUGGAAGAGCUAUACAACCAGGUCUGUGACUUUCUGGAAGAAAAUGCAGUGGCAUCAAAUUCUGCAGACACUAGUGACUGCGUUCCUUGGGUUAUCGCAUCUUGGUUACGUGAUUAUCUACUUUUGCCUAGAGAAAGAAGAGACCCUCAGUUAUGGAGUAAGGUUGAGGAGUUAAUACAAGAGGAUUCACGUAUAGACCGAUUCCAGAAACUCGUCAAGGGUGAACAAAAAGUUGUAUUGGAAUGGCAAGUUGAAGGUUCACUUAAUUUAUCCAAGCUGAAGAAACGGCGAGAGACGGAGAAGAAAGAUAGAAAAGUUAUUGGCUCAACAAACACAAGCUUGCAAGAAUACUACAACAGAAGAAUCGCUGAGACAAGUUCUUAAUACAUUUUACAAAAGAACAAUAUAUAGAAGCUUGUUGUGGUUCUCCACGCAAUUUUUAGAAGAAGAUCCAAGGACUGAAGCAUUGUCGAUUUUCCAUGCUGUUUUUAUUCCUGUUUAAAUAUUGACUUAGAUUUGUUGAGAGCUACUACUUGAUGGGCUCUCUCUUGUUUGGAUCAGAAGAGAAAGUGACUAGAAUUUGUAGUCUUUACAAUAUAUAUAUAUAUAUAUAUAUAUAUAUUGGUACGAUAAGAUACAAUUCCGGUUUAAGUUGACAGUUACCUGGUUGACGAA